UCUCCACCUUUUUCCUCUUCUUCUUGUCAAUUUAAAUGCUAAGGCCACAGCACCAAUUAUAAACUUUCAAAUUUCAAUCUUGAUAUUCCUCACUUCUUCUCUCAUGGAACCUUUAUUCUCUCCUAAUUAUUCACUUUCAAACAUUAUUUCUUCAUAAAAUUUUCGAAAUGUCUUACUUAUAUCUUGGUUUAAGGUCGAACAACUAGCUAUUGCUGGAUUGGACGUCUAUCUAUCUAUCGAAAAAAUCGAAUUUAUUAGAAAAAAAAAAAUGGGAAACGGUAUUGGGAAGUUGAAAUUUUGUUUUGCAGGAGAUGUUGGAGAAAUAUCUAAGAGACACCAUGAUAUUAGCGUAGACUUGUAUGAUACACUUGACAAGGGAUUAGGCCAUUCUUUUUGUUACAUAUUGCAUGAUUCAUCAUACAAAAAUCAUCCUUUUAUAGAAGACUCUUCUUCUUCUACUACUACCACUAUCUCUAGCACUAGCACCACCAGUAGCAGUAGCCAAACAACUGUGUUUCGCACCAUUUCUGGUGCUUCUAUCUCUGCCAACACUUCUACACCUCUGUCCACCUCGCUCUUUGACGUGUGUGCUUCUAAUGCGUAUAUUGAGAAGCCUUCAGCUUUCGAGAGCUCUCAGUGGUUUUCUUCUUUUCCUCUUCAGCCAAUUCCCCGGAAGUCAAUCCCCUCUGUCUGUUCGGGCCCAAUUCCCCGAGUGUCCAUCACGGGCUCGGGCUCCAUGGAGAGAGGAUUCUUGUCCGGCCCGAUAGAGCGGAGCUUCACCUCCGGACCGUUGGAGAGUCAGUAUGAUCAUCAGCAGCUCCAGAGGUACAAACCUGAGGGUAGUAAAUGGGAUUUGGUUAGGAAUUUAAAGAAAGUUUUGUCAAGUUCUCUUUUGGUAGAGAAGAACACUAAUGGGAUUAAUGGCCCUUUGAGUAGUGAAAACAGUUUGGAUGAAGAUGAUCAUGAGGAUAAUAAUUCAUUCCGAAGUCGAAAUGUGCAGUGGGCUCAGGGGAAAGCAGGGGAAGACAGAGUACAUGUGGUGAUUUCUGAGGAACAUGGAUGGGUGUUCGUUGGGAUUUAUGACGGAUUUAAUGGACCUGAUGCUACUGAUUUUUUAUUGAAAAAUCUAUACUCAAAUGUCUUCAAAGAACUCAAGGGAUUGCUAUGGAAUGACAAGUUAGAAUCAUCCGAAAAUCUCAUGUGCAACGAGACUUUUGUCGUUCAGAAUCAAGAAUUUGAUCAAUCGAAAUAUGCAGGUAUUAACCAUUUAGACGUGUUGCACGCGUUAUCAGAGGCGCUGAGGAGAGCCGAGGCAUCAUAUUUGGAGAUAACAGACACGAUGGUGGAAGAAAACCCCGAGUUAGCCUUAAUGGGAUCUUGUGUUUUAGUGAUGUUGAUGAAAGGCAAUGAUAUUUACUUGGUGAAUGUUGGUGAUAGCAGAGCAGUUUUGGCUCAAGAUCCUGAAAUCGAUCGCUCCAUUGGUAACUUGGGACGAAUAAAUGAGGAGAGUCGAAAUAGCAUUGAUGCACUCUACAGAGUUGAUUCAUAUAGAAAACAUAAUCUUAGUUCUUGUCAACUCACUAUGGACCAUAGUACAUCUGUUAAAGAGGAAGUUCUUAGGAUUAGAAGUGAGCAUCCAAGUGAUACAUCUGCUAUCAAAAAUGGCAGAGUGAAGGGUUCUUUAAACGUUACUCGCGCUUUUGGUGCAGGCUUUCUUAAACAGCCUAAAUGGAACAAUGGACUGCUAGGGGUCUUUAGAAUAGACUAUGUUGGAAGUUCGCCGUAUAUCAAUUGUAUACCAUCAUUAUACCACCAUAGACUUGGCCCAAGAGACAGAUUUCUGAUCUUAUCAUCUGAUGGACUUUACCAAUACUUCACCAAUGAAGAAGCAGUCUCUGAAGUUGAGACCUUCAUGUCUAUAUUCCCCGAUGGAGAUCCCGCACAACAUCUUGUUGAAGAAGUGUUAUUUAGAGCUGCAAAGAAAGCUGGCAUGAACUUCCACGAGUUACUUGAUAUACCACAAGGGGAUCGUAGGAAGUACCAUGAUGAUGUCUCGAUUAUCAUCAUAUCAUUCGAAGGAAGGAUAUGGAGAUCAUCCGUGUAAGUGUAAAUCAACUUUAUAAAGGAAGACUUUUGUGUGAGGUAUAUAAGUGGUAGGAUGACUUUGCUACCACAAUCCAGUGAGAUUCAGCCCUUUGUUGCUCUGACUAGUCCCCAUAUAUAAAAGAAUACACUUAGAAGAGUUCAAGCUAGUUCUGCUCAAUCACUUUUGUUACACAAAUGAUGUUUUUGCUAAGGGGGGUUGUAGAAAGGUGCCAAUAAAGUUGUCCCUUUUCCCUUCAAAAAUGAAAUCUUAGGAUAUUUGUAACAGAAUAUUGUGCUCUUUGUACAUAUAUUCCUAAAUGUGCCCAUCACACAACCUGAUACCUCAAUACACUCGACUGAUUGGUCGAAAAUUUGUUUAUUUUUCUCCAUACUUUUGGUCUAGUUUUAGAUUAUACAAAUCUUCUACUUACUAUUUUGAACAUAUUAUAUGUUAUCCAAGAAGAAUCUGUAGGAGGAAUAAGGAUAUUGUAUAUGGCAUAAUGCUAAAGCAACUGAAAUGACAAGAAGGAAUGGUUGAAAUUAGAAGUGCUGGUGGAAUUCUUUUGCCACUCCUAUUAGUAUUAUCCAUAUGUUGUUGGGGGAUAUAUGAGUUUCAAAAUAUAAAACAAUUAAUUGUUGGUGGAAGCUUGAAUUA